AUGAAGAAGAGAGAUGAAGGCACCCAGCAAUUCCACCGUCGGCUAACUGGAGCUCAAAGCAGUGGAUCUGUUGGUGUUGUGUUUGAGGUCGUCGUUGGCCAAUCGGAGCAUCUCGGACCAGUGGCAUCAUCUGCCUCUUGUGAGGCAGCCUCAGAGAACGAAGCUUCACCACCACCAGCGGAGGCAGCGGCGGCUGCUGAAGCAACGGCGGAGGGGAAAUGGCCCGGGUUACUGAGAAACAAUGUGUUCAGGUUGAUCGUUCAGGUUCUCAAGGGCGGAAGAAUCAUCGGAUGCAAGGGUGAGAUCGUGAGGAAGAUGUGCGAAGACACUGGCGCUCGCAUUAGCGUCCUCAGAGGCCCUAUCCGCAUCACUGAUCGUAUCGUCCUGAUAUCAGGAAAAGCAGAUGCACAACUAUCUCCUGCAAUGGAUGCUGCCCUAAGGGUUAUUAAGUGUGUUGCUGACCUAUCUUCUUGUGAGGGUGAUAGUAAGGGUUUGGCAGCUGCUGUAGCUGCAUUUUGUUGUGUAAGGUUACUAGUAGCAUCUUCAGAAGCAAUUCACUUACUUGGGAAGCGAGGAUCUAUAAUUAAAUCAAUACAGGAAAGAUCCGUUCCAAGCGCAAUAUAUGAUGCUUGUCUUUCUUUGCUAGAUGAAGUGCCCUCAUAUGCUUCUUCAGAUGAGAGAAUUGUAGAGAUACAGGGUGAUUCUUUAAAUGCCCUUAAAGCACUAGAAGCAGUGUUGGGAAUUCUAAGGAAGUUUUUGGUUGAUCAUAGUGCUCAGAGACCUGGGCAAACCCAUUCCUCGCUCCAUCCUGCUCCUGGUCCUCAAGUGGGUCACGCUCAGCUGGAUUCAAAUAUCCCACUCUCUCCUCUAUUACUUUAUGGACAGGAUCCCGGGUUUGACAGAUUACAGUCUUCUGGACUUGGUCGCACCGCUGCUCCUAAAGAAAUCCAGGAAGAGAAUUGCUAUUCAUACUGUUCCAUAGACAUGCAUUCUAAUGGUAUCAUUGUUGUUGUGGCAGAGGAAAGCUUAACAACAAAGACAACUUAG